CCGCUAUAAAUUCAUUGUUCCACCUCCUCGCAUCUUCACAGCGCUCGCGCUGCUCUCCGCGCUCGCAGCGGCCGACUGGGGAUGACCGUGGGCAGGAGGACACUGCAUCCGAAGGGACACGGACGCGCCGCUUCACUGGCUCGCCGCAGGCCGCCGCUGGCAUUUUUGUUUUAAUUUUUAUGGCUUUUUCCCUCUCUUUCUUCCCUACCUCCUGGUUCCAGUAGAGUCAAGGAAACCCACAGAAUAAGAAAGGAAGUGGGCUUCGGAGCUUGGAACCCCCGCUGCCGCCGGGUCCAGAGCAGCAAGGGGGCGGGAGGCAGCGCGCACCAGUAGCCCGCCUGGUGCGCGGCACCUUCCUUCCUUUUCUUGCUGCAGCGAGAGUGGCUGCCUUUGGGGUUGGAUUUGGGUUUUUCUCUUUUUCUCGUAUUUGCUGAAUCUCCACAACCCGGCUUUUCUCUUUUUAUUUUUUUCUUCUUUCCGGAGAACGAAUCCAAACAUUUUCCAAACCAACAAAGAAAAGUUUGCACGCUGGCACCGCGGCCAGGACAGGCUGGCGCUGCUGCGGGGUCCCCCUCCCUCCCUCCGACACUUGACUCAACCUUGCAAGCGUGUGUGUGUGUGUGUGCCCCCACCUCCUGCCCCGGUAACUUCCAUAGCGAAUAACAAAUACCCAUAAAGUCCCCGUCGCGCAGCCCCUCCCCGCGGGCAGCGCACUAUGCUGCUCGGGUGGGCGUCCCUGCUGCUGUGCGCGCUCCGCCUGCCCCUGGUCGCCGCCGGCCCCGCCGCGGCACCUGCCCAGGAUAAAGCCGGGCAGCCUUGGGCUGCUGCAGCGGCCGCCCAGCCCCGCCGGCGGCAGGGGGAGGAGGCGCAGGAGCGGGCUGAGCCUCCGGGCCACCCGCACCCCCUGGCGCCGCAGCGCAGGAGCAGCGGGCUCGUGCAGAACAUCGACCAGAUCUACUCGGGCGGCGGCAAGGUGGGCUACCUCGUCUACGCGGGCGGCCGGAGGUUCCUCCUGGACCUGGAGCGGGAUGGUUCGGUGGGCGCCGCUGGCUUUGUGCCCGCAGGAGGCGGGCCGAACUCGACUCGGCGCCACCGGGGCCACUGCUUCUACCGGGGCACGGUGGACGGCAGCCCCCGCUCCCUGGCUGUCUUUGACCUCUGCGGUGGUCUCGACGGCUUCUUCGCGGUCAAGCACGCGCGUUACACCCUGAAGCCUCUGCUGCGCGGGCCCUGGGCCGAGGCAGAAUCCGGGCGCGUGUACGGGGACGGAUCCGCGCGGAUCCUGCACGUCUACACCCGCGAAGGCUUCAGCUUUGAGGCCCUGCCGCCGCGCACCAGCUGCGAGACCCCCGCGUUGCCGCCAGGGCCGCGUGAGCGCCCCCCAGCGCACAGCAGCCCGGACCCACACUGGGCGCUAGCCCCGCAGUUCCUAGAUAAGUCGGCUACCUCGUCCGAUGGGGGCCAGGCACCACAGACGUCGUGGCGGCGGCGGCGCCGCUCCAUCUCCCGGGCCCGCCAGGUGGAGCUGCUCCUCGUGGCUGACGCGUCCAUGGCGCGGAUGUACGGCCGCGGCCUGCAGCACUACCUGCUGACCCUGGCCUCCAUCGCCAACCGGCUGUACAGCCACGCCAGCAUCGAGAACCACAUCCGCCUGGCCGUGGUGAAGGUGGUGGUGCUGGGUGACAAGGACAAGAGCUUGGAGGUGAGCAAGAACGCAGCCACCACGCUCAAGAACUUCUGCAAGUGGCAGCACCAGCACAACCAGCUGGGGGACGACCACGAGGAGCACUACGAUGCGGCCAUCCUGUUCACUCGAGAGGAUUUAUGUGGGCAUCAUUCAUGUGACACCCUGGGAAUGGCAGACGUUGGGACCAUAUGUUCUCCGGAGCGCAGCUGUGCUGUGAUUGAAGACGAUGGCCUCCAUGCAGCUUUCACUGUGGCUCACGAAAUUGGACAUCUACUUGGCCUCUCCCAUGACGAUUCCAAAUUCUGUGAAGAGAACUUUGGUUCAACAGAAGAUAAGCGCUUAAUGUCUUCCAUUCUAACCAGCAUCGAUGCGUCCAAGCCGUGGUCCAAAUGCACCUCGGCCACCAUCACAGAGUUCCUGGACGAUGGCCAUGGUAACUGUUUGCUAGACCUGCCGCGAAAGCAGAUCCUGGGCCCUGAAGAACUCCCAGGUCAGACCUACGAUGCCACCCAGCAGUGCAACCUGACAUUUGGGCCCGAGUACUCGGUGUGUCCCGGCAUGGACGUCUGCGCGCGCCUGUGGUGUGCCGUGGUGCGCCAGGGCCAGAUGGUGUGUCUGACCAAGAAGCUGCCAGCCGUGGAGGGGACCCCAUGUGGGAAAGGGAGGAUCUGCCUGCAGGGCAAGUGUGUGGACAAAACCAAGAAAAAAUAUUAUUCAACAUCAAGCCAUGGCAACUGGGGGUCCUGGGGGUCCUGGGGCCAGUGUUCUCGCUCGUGUGGGGGAGGAGUUCAGUUUGCCUAUCGCCACUGCAAUAACCCUGCACCCAGAAACAAUGGCCGCUACUGCACAGGGAAGAGGGCUAUCUACCGCUCCUGCAGUGUCACACCCUGCCCGGCUAAUGGUAAAUCUUUUCGCCAGGAGCAGUGUGAGGCCAAAAACGGAUAUCAGUCUGAUGCAAAAGGAGUCAAAACAUUUGUGGAAUGGAUUCCCAAAUAUGCAGGCGUCCUGCCCGGGGACGUGUGCAAACUGACCUGCAGAGCUAAGGGCACCGGCUACUAUGUGGUAUUCUCUCCAAAGGUGACGGAUGGGACCGAAUGCAGGCCAUACAGUAAUUCCGUUUGCGUCCGGGGGAAGUGUGUGCGAACCGGCUGUGACGGCAUCAUUGGCUCAAAGCUGCAGUAUGACAAGUGUGGAGUCUGUGGAGGAGACAACUCCAGUUGUACAAAGGUUGUUGGAACCUUCAAUAAAAAAAGUAAGGGUUACACUGAUGUUGUGAGGAUUCCAGAAGGGGCAACCCACAUAAAAGUCCGACAGUUCAAAGCCAAAGACCAGACUCGGUUCACUGCCUACUUAGCCUUGAAGAAGAAAAAUGGUGAGUACCUUAUCAAUGGGAAGUACAUGAUCUCCACUUCGGAAACCAUCAUUGACAUCAACGGGACAGUCAUGAACUACAGUGGUUGGAGCCACAGGGAUGACUUCUUGCACGGGAUGGGCUACUCGGCCACAAAGGAGAUUCUAAUAGUGCAGAUUCUUGCAACAGACCCAACGAAAGCCUUAGAUGUCCGCUACAGUUUUUUCGUUCCCAAGAAGUCCACUCAAAAAGCAAACUCCGUCACUAGCCAUGGCAGCAAUAAAGUGGGAUCGCAAACGCCGCAGCUGCAGUGGGUGACAGGCCCAUGGCUCGCCUGUUCUAGGACCUGUGACACAGGCUGGCACACCAGGACGGUGCAGUGCCAGGAUGGAAACCGCAAGUUAGCCAAGGGAUGUAUUCUUUCUCAGAGGCCUUCUGCCUUUAAGCAAUGUUUCCUCAAGAAAUGUUAGCCUGUGGUCAUGAUCUUAUGCAGAGAUAGCUGGAUGAUUCAUCACUGGUCAGUCAUGAUGAACAGUGGUGAUCGGUCGUGGUGAACUAGAGGUCACCUAAAGCACAGAAAGUCACUCUUCAACAGUGUCAUUGUCAACAGGAGUCCAAUUAUGGGCAGAAUCUGCUCUCCGUGACCAGAUGAAGAUGUGCACUGUUUCAUGUGACAGUGGUGACCUUUGAAUAUAGAAAACUUGGGAGUUAUUGAACAUCACCUGGGCCUACAAGAAUGAAAAAACACUGAUGAAUGUAGAAUCAGGGCACAUUUGAAGAUGGCAGAACAACAGUCUCCCCCAUGUCACCUACCUCUUAUAGAAUGUCUUCAAAGGCAUCAUAAUCAUUUUCACCCGUAAUACACAGUAGCUUAUUUUUACUGUUUGUAAAUACAUUCUCCCUUGAUAUGUCACUUUAUAUCACUUGGUUCUAUUAAAAUAUAUAUAUAUAUGUAUAUAUAUAUAUUUCUAUAAAGAAGUGCUUGACCAAAGUAGGUCUGCAGCUAUUUCAACACCUUCCAGUUUCCAGAAAGAGCUGUGGAUGUUUUACUGGAAAUUAAGAACUUGCUGCUGUUUUAAUAAGAUUUAGUAUACUUUGAGACUACAGGAGAUAAAAUUUGAGUCAAAAACCAUUUUGACAGCAAGCAUCUUCUGAGAAUUCUGAAAAACAAAAGGAUCUCAGUGUAUCUAAUCAUUGCAAUACAUACACGGGUCCAUUUAUUUAAACCUUUGACUGCCUGUAUUUUUUCAAGGAGCCAGCCAAAUUAAUGCAUAAUUAGGAUUUAGAAGUAUGUUUGUGUGUGUGUGUGUAUGUUAUCAGUUUUCAAGAGCCUAAAAAUCAGUUUCCUCCUGUUAGAAAUUAAAAGGCAAAAAAAAAAAUACUUCACCAUAUUUUCAGGUUAUAUUUUCACAACUGCUUUUCCUUUCUGUGGCUCCCAUCUGAUAUCUCACAAUGUGUCACAUACAGACAAAAACACACAGCAAAGAGUUUUCUAUCACCUUCAACACUGGUAUACCUCUUACCAGCAAGCCUUUAAAAUGUACUUUGUUUUUGCUUGUUGUUCAUUUUGUUCAAGGGUUCUGUAAGACCUACAAUGUUUUGUACUUCUUGCUGACUUAGUUUAAUAGGAAUAUUAAAGAUCACUUUGUAGUUAGCCACAUCUAGACGUGGUUAUCAUUUAUGUGGCUAGUGCAAAAAAAGUGGUUAAUAUUAAUAAGACUGUUUCCACACUACAGAGGCAAUAAUUCCUGCAUUGCUUUGUUUUUUGAAAUUCAAGUAUACCGACACUGUACUUAAGAUUUUUCCCAAUUGGAAAGCAUUUGGUUGUACCAGUAAGUGUUUGAGUGAUGAAAUGUGAUGAUUUUUGAGAAGUUCAUUGCGUUUAUUUCCAAAGCCUGUCUAGGUAGGUUGUAUGUUAGAAUAGUUAGACAUGGAAAAUUUUGACAGUCAUAUGCACAAAAAUCUCUUUUUAGACAGUAAACUGCAUUCCUUCACCCCAUAACUCAGAAAACCUAAGGUGUUUCAUUUCAUUGAGAUGUCUUUUUCUUUGUGAAAUAUCACAAAGCCCAUUGUUUUUAUAAAAAUUUUUAAUAAUCAUACCAAAUGUGCCUAUUGCUAAAGAUUUGCAUAUAAGGAUGUUAGGGGACCAUUGUUUGAGUUCCCUUAAACUCAUGAGAGUUUAUUUUUAUUAAAAGAUAUUUUUAAUAUAGAAAAAUUAUGUAAUUGAUCUUGCUACAUCACUUUCAUUUCAGUGGGACAGGAGAAUGGAUGUCUCACUGUUUUAAGUAUUUUCUUAAGAAAUUAUUUGGUAAGACAAAUAAUUGUUUUACAGAACUGAUAGUCAUCCUUUGGAUUUUCAUAGACUGACUUUGCUUUAGACGUAAUUAUUUUUCUCAAUAAAUUAUCAGUUAGAGAAAUGAGGCCUAUGUAAGACUAGUAACCUACAGUUGAUGGAGGUCACCAGAUAUCAGGGCAGGGAACAAAGCUAUUCACAUCAGUCAGAAAAAAAAAUUUAAAUCACACCAAUCAUUUGACUAUGCAGAGAGAAUUAAUAGCAAGGCCAACAUUAUUUUUUCCACUUUUCAAAAUAGUUUUAAUCAAGUAACGCAACUAUGCCAAAAUUUAUUUUUAUCUUUUGUGGUUAUAUUCACAGCAAUAUUAAAAAAUAAUUGAAGAGUAAACAUGAUUGUUUCCUACUCUGCUUCUCUAUACUGUAUUCAUAGAUUUUUUUUAAUAUGGUUUAACAUGAUUCGUUUUUUUCCACAUAUAAUGAAGUUUUACACUUCUCAUUGAAACAACCCUAGAGAGCAUAGAACAAAUAAACCACUAUUCCAUGCUUUCAAGGAGUUUUCUUUAGUUUUUUUGUAUGAGGAUCAAUAGAUUGACUAAGGAAUUUAUGUCUAAACUCCUGAGAAAAAUGAUGUAGACUGGAGGCUGAAAUUCAGAGACAUGGAGUGAUCAGUAGAUAUAGAGAAUGAUAAGCAAAGGGAAAAUUGUCUUUAACAAAAUCUAAUUCAGUCCAAUUUGACUUUGGGCUAGGCCAUUCACCUUUCCAUAGUUGCACCUUGAAUAAAGAGUCUAGGGGCUACUUAGGGGCUACCUAGGGGCUACUUCCUCAAAAAAAGAGUUUGUCUGAAAAUGCUCAGGUUAGUAAGAAUUUAAUCUCACUCACAAAACUAAACACUCCAGAUUGUUUCAUUAAAUACAAAGGGAGCCCAGAAGAAAAUAGCAUUGAUUUCUUCUAGAACAGAAAAGGUCAAAUUAAGCCCCACCUUGUUAUUUAGAGGUUUAAGGGCACUGUUUUAAUUUGUUCAACAAAUUCAACUUCCUUUGCCUUCCUGUGGAAACAGUUUUAUCCCAUUAAACUAAGAAUUGAGGGAUUAAU